AUGGAAAACAGAGGAGCAGGAGCCAGCGCCAUGGGUGCCGACGAGUGCCCUACAGUGCAGGUCGCCGGUUUUGACCUUCAGAGGAUGAUGUCGCACUGGGACGCCAAGCUCAACAGCUAUCCCCUGCUAGCGCAUGCGUCCGACAAAGUCGGAAUCCGCCCCUCGAUUCUUUUCGCGGGAUUCUCCGUUUUCCUCCUUUUCUCUCUUGGAUUUGGAUGGGGCGGGGGCAUUGUUUGCGAUUUGACCGGAUUCCUUUACCCGGCGUGGCAAUCGUUCAAGGCCAUCGAGACCCCAGGGCGUGACGACGAUAAGCUCUGGCUGACGUACUGGGUCGUGUACGCCGCCUUCUCGCUCCUCGAGUACUUUGUCGACAUCAUCCUUUUCUGGGUGCCAUUCUACUACCUUCUCAAAUGCGCGUUCCUCCUCUAUCUUUACUUGCCCUGGACCAAAGGUGCGGAGGUGGUCUAUAACCAGUUGAUUCGCCCGCAUCUUUUGGAGCACGAGAGAUCCAUUGACGGGGCUGUGGAGCAGAUCACUCAAGUUGGAGCAACGGCUGCUGAGGGUCUACAGCAGGCCUUGAACGACGGGGCGACUCUUGUCAACCAGGCCGCUGGACUCGUUCGUCAGCGCAAACCAGGUGCGGCCCACUGA